CGGCGUAGAUCCGAGGAGUUUGGGAAGCCCUAGUUGCUUUCCCAAAACAAUACCACUCUUCGAUCAGCUACAUACUGCCACCGCCUUCCCCUUUUUGGUUUUUUCUACAAAACCACUCGUCAUCCGAAAGUCAUGGCUGGAGUAGCACCCGAUAGCUCACCGUUCGAUGCUCGUCAAUAUGAUUCAAAAAUGAAUGAACUUGCAGCUGACGGGCAGGAGUUCUUUACAUCUUAUGAUGAGGCUCAUGAUAGUUUUGAUGACAUGGGUUUGAAAGAGAAUCUUCUCAGAGGCAUUUAUGCAUAUGGAUUUGAGAAGCCCUCGGCUAUACAGCAAAGGGGAAUAGUUCCCUUCUGCAAGGGACUUGAUGUUAUUCAGCAGGCUCAGUCUGGCACUGGAAAGACAGCAACUUUCUGCUCUGGGGUUUUGCAGCAGCUUGACUAUAGUUUGAUGGAAUGCCAGGCCUUGGUAUUAGCACCAACUCGAGAACUUGCUCAGCAGAUUGAGAAGGUUAUGCGAGCACUUGGAGACUAUCUUGGUGUGAAGGUGCAUGCAUGUGUUGGAGGAACUAGUGUUCGUGAAGACCAACGUAUUCUAUCUAGUGGUGUUCAUGUUGUUGUUGGUACCCCUGGUCGCGUAUUUGACAUGCUGCGCAGGCAGUCACUUCGGCCAGAUUACAUCAAGAUGUUUGUCUUGGAUGAGGCGGAUGAAAUGCUUUCUCGAGGUUUUAAAGAUCAGAUCUAUGAUAUAUUCCAGCUACUUCCGUCCCAGAUUCAGGUGGGAGUGUUUUCAGCUACAAUGCCUCCUGAGGCGCUCGAGAUCACUAGGAAGUUUAUGAACAAACCUGUUAGAAUUCUUGUGAAGCGUGAUGAGCUAACCUUGGAGGGCAUAAAACAGUUUCAUGUCAAUGUUGAGAGAGAGGAAUGGAAGCUAGACACACUCUGUGAUCUUUAUGAAACAUUGGCCAUCACUCAGAGUGUCAUUUUUGUGAACACCAGAAGGAAGGUUGACUGGCUUACUGACCAGAUGAGAAGCCGGGACCACACAGUUUCAGCAACCCAUGGAGACAUGGACCAGAAUACCAGAGAUAUUAUUAUGCGUGAAUUUCGCUCUGGAUCUUCUCGUGUUUUAAUAACGACUGAUCUUUUGGCUCGUGGUAUUGAUGUCCAGCAAGUGUCACUAGUUAUUAAUUAUGAUCUUCCCACUCAGCCUGAGAACUAUCUCCAUCGUAUUGGUCGUAGUGGGAGGUUUGGCAGGAAAGGUGUUGCAAUCAAUUUUGUGACAAGGGACGACGAAAGAAUGCUGUUUGACAUCCAGAGAUUUUAUAAUGUGGUAAUUGAGGAGCUGCCAUCUAAUGUUGCUGAACUCCUAUAAUGAGAUUUUGCCUUCCAUCAUUAAUAGAGGAAAGUUGCCAUCAGAAAUAGAGGAAAGUUGGAUUCUCUUGGGUAACUAUUAUGUAAUGCCUUUUUUUUUUUUCCCUUUCCAAUUUUGUUAGAUCUCCAAUUUUAAAGAUUAAACCUUGUUUAAUAGGCGUAGUAAUUUGAUUUAAAUUAUCUGUUGUCUAAGUGGUAAGAUAUUACUUACACUGUGGAAUCCCUUAGUGUCUGGCAAUAUCGUGUAUGGCCAUUGUUACGCAUUUCUUGCAGCCAAUUUUUCUGCUAUUAAUUAUAAUGUUAAAUUACAUUACUUCCUCAAUUA